CAAUGUGCACAUUUUCUCGUCGCUUUGCAGUCGCUCCCACCCUUAAAUUAAUAGAAUGAGCGAGUCCGUUGAGCGGAUGUUUUACAACAAGUACUUCCGGGUUGUUGUCACGGCUGCAUAAAUGCCGGAAGCUAACAAAAUAGGGGAAAGGAAUCAAACUAAUUGAUCGACUAGUCUCGUUGAUCUCUCGAUACGUUUGUAGUACAUUUUAUACUAAAGAAUACCAAAAGUACAGACUCAUUUUUUAUGACAUGAUUUAGUUGAACUCUGGUAGCCAUGGUUGUUCAUCACAAUGGUUCGGUUUUCGUCUGAAAAUCAAAAUCACAGAAAUGUGUUUCACUGACAUAUUUUCUCCAUAAACUGGCUGAAUAUGAAGUUGUUCGUAUGUCACAUUCCGGAUUCACAUUUCGUCGAUAUGGGUUCAUAAAGGACGUUUUGCAAGAUUCAGUCUUCCCAGCCUGGUGCAGGUCUACAAUUUUGUCUCUGGUGUCCUUCGACAGUUCUUUGGUCUUGGCCAUAGUGGAGUCUGGAGUUUGGAGUUUGACUGAAGUUGUGGACAGAGUUGAAACAGGUGCCAUUAAUACAGAACAGAAUGGAAUGGCCAGAAGAAUUUCCCAAUGACCAAGCCUUUGUUGAGCUGUUGGUCCCUGCAAUUUCCAGUGAACUGGACUUUGAGCAGCUCAUCAACGACACAAAAGAGAAACUGAAACUCAAUGCCAGCAGUAUUGAACAGCAUCUGCUGGAACUUCAGGCCAAAAUGGGAGACUCUCGUACAGGAGAUCGUCCGCCGAGCCCGACGGAAUGCCAGCAGUGGUUCAAUAUCAAAAUGCUCAACAAUUUGAGGCCCAUGAGCGCAGGACACCAGGAGGUUAUGUCCUUCUUCACUUGCUUGCAAAAUUACCUGAGAUCAAAAGAUGAAGGAAGAGAGGAUGCAACACUACACCUAUUAGUCAACCUCUCUUCCGAGAGUGGCAUUUGCUUCCCAUGCACCCCAUCUUUAUCUACCCCUUUUUCUCAUCAUCAACUCCUUGCUUCUCCCUUUGCCUUGAUACAUACUAUCAAAGAUGACUCUUCAACCGAGAUCCAAGUAGCAUGGGAUGAUAUCCGGCUUCAACUCCGCUGCUAUCUGUUGGAGCGACUCUCUACUGAAAGUGGCGCCAUUUCUGCCUUGUCCAACACUCAACGAGUUCACUGCCUGCAGCAGCUGUGCUUCUUGUACCCUGAGUGUGAAGUGCGCACUCAUUACCAGGGACUUAGAGGCCAGGCUAUGCUAGCUCUUCUGCACUCUGCCAUGUGCUCCUGUCGACCUGGCAUAUCAGGCUUUGACAGAGUGACUAUUGCCUUCCGCUCUGUGAUUCCAACUCUCAUUCGGGCCCUCAAAGAAGACCUCCACGUCCUUCCUAGAGUAUUCGAGCCACACAUCAUCUUGGGCUUCCUAAAUGCAUCCUACCUCCGCCCCAUGGCUGGUGAAUUGUCCUCCCUGAUGGAAAGAGAAUGUGAAACGGCCCUGAGAGACAACACUGUGCUCAGCAGCAGGAUAAAAAGAUAUUCAUCCAAGUCUCGAGCAACAGUUGCUCCGAUGGAGGCUCCUGUGAAAAGUCGAAGCUUCAGUUUGACCUCCCAUCAGUUGAAGGCCUUAACCCAGCUGGCCUGCACGCUGUUGGCCUAUGAGAACAACGUUAAAGAGAUAGUUACCAACAUGACCUUCAUCAAUUGUAUGGGAGACACUCCUAGUGUGAAAGGUAUUUUGAAAAAGACCAAAGAAGAGUCCGACAUAACUGAAUUAGGCAAGACAUCUACAGCACAAACACCUCACACAUCAGAGGUUCUGGAGUUUGAUUGGAGGUCGGCCUUUAGCGGGCUGGCUCCACAUAUGGCACACUGUGUCAAAGUGGUUCUCGAUGAUGUUUGUACUAAGAGUCUUCAGCAAGAAGAAUCUCUCCAUUCUUCAGCGCACUACACACUUUUGCUGGAAAAUAUAAGUGGACACAAUGACUGCAAAAUAAAUUGCAUUGAAGACAACUUUGACAACUACUCUGAAAGAGACACUCCAACUAUGGUAGCACAGUUUUGUUUUUCAGUUGUUACUGAGAUGGAUGCCUUGCUACCCUUGGCUGCUGCCUGCAGGGACAGUUCUCUGCUGGAGGUUCGCUCAAGCUUUGUGGAGUCGUGCAGCCAGGCCGUGUUAGCCAUGUUGGUCCGUGUGGAGCAGAGAGCCCUGGAAGUCCCAUCCUCUCUACCCCUGAAGAACCUUCCUGCUCUGUUGGCCACUUCCAUAUACGUCCAACAACGACUGGAGCAUUACCAUGCGCGGCUGAAGGACUCCACCUCUAACUUAGCCAAAGUGCACCUUAGUCUGCUGCCUGUCCAGAAGUACCAGCAAACCAUUGAGGCCUUGAAAGAACAACUUAGCAGCUAUUGUGUCCAGGUUUGCACCACUUGUGUGCUUCAGGAUGCAGAGAGCCACCACUGGGCUGACCUCAAGCCCUUUUAUGAGGGUGAGCGCUGUUCUUUCUCAGUGCAGAUGUGGUUCUACUUCCUGUGUGGUCUCCGUAGCGACCUGUGGGCUGUUCUCCCGCCACGGUUGGCCAAAGAGUUGCUGGGUCAGGUGUUGUCAGAGACAUUACAAGUGCUAGUGCAACGAUACGCCAGGGCCCAGCCUUCGUUUAAGAGACACGUGCAGAUAAGAUACGACAUCACAGCAGUGCUGCUGUUUGUGGAGCAACUGAUGUGGAGUGUGUCCGAAAGUCCCGAGUCCAUGCUCCAGCGCAACCUUUCUUCAGCAAUCACCAUAAUUUCUGGCGGGUCUGAUUGGCCCUACCAGAUCCACAGUUUAUGUGAACAACUUCUAACAGUCCUCGUCAUUGCCACAGCACCACUACCUUUAUUACAUAGAAUAUUUAUGGAUGGACAUGCACACGAGACACCACAGCAGUUGGAGGGGCCUGUAGUCCACUGGCUAAAUGCUUUAAAACCAGAGGUUUUCACAGAACAAGCUGUACAAGAUGGCCUUAUGGGCCAGGAGGCCUCGGCGUGUCAGCUCAGGCUGUUGACCUCUGACCCGGGAAGCAAUCCCAGGUUGCUACUGCAAAUGCUGCUUCAUAGAGACUGUCACCUGCCACGUAUGGUCCUGGAAAACUCUCAUUUCUGCCAGGAAAGCCAACUCAACAUAUCUUCACUGGAUCGUAAGGCACGAGACGCCUUCAUCAUCGCACUUUUCAACAUUUUUACCUGCCUAAAUGACAUCCCCGAUGCCUUAACUCUGGUUCUUCAACCAUAUUUGGAGAGCGUGCAUGUGUGGGAACAUCUCUAUACAAUGGCAGAAACAACACAGGAAGUGCCCAUCGUGGUCGACCUUAUCCGAGUAAUUGUCACCAAAUCCACUGACACCCUCUUGACACACCUGGUUACCAUGGUAACAGACUGGCAGGCCCCAGAGGGAGCAAGAGAUAUUCCAAAAAGCAUCCUGGCUAAACUGCCCAAAAGCUGGAAUUACACCCCAAUGGAAGCACACGGGAGUGUGGCUGCUUCUUCUAAGACUGUGAUAUCGCUCCUCAUUCAGGCCGUGUCCUUCAUUUUCACUCACCUGCCGCUGGUGGUAGCGUCCUUGCCCCUUCCUAUCCGAUAUCUUUUCCAAGUGGCAGAAAAGCACCUUUCGCAGCACGACCGGCAUCUGCGCUCAAUGGGCUUGUUGCUGUGGUCCCUUUUCAACUGCCUUAUACACAGUCUCGGGCAUCCAUGCACACUUGAAGAAAUCAGCGGGCUGGCCCUGAACUGUCAGGCCAAGGACCGCUUGGUCCUGUUGGCUGAAUGUCUGCAGGCUUCAAUGGGGAUUCAACAGAAGGUAAAGGGUGUUCCCAAAGCCACAGUGCACAAAGUGCUGCAGGCUCUCGAGGAAAAGAGACCAAAGUGGAUGAACAUGCAGCUGCAAAAGGCCCGCAAACUCUGCAUAAACAGCGGCCUAGGGGCAGCAGCAGAACUGACCGAGCAGAAAAUGGGCCUGAUGCUGCUGGAGGUCUGCCACAAAGCAGGGGGCAGCGACUACCUGAGGCACAUCCAUCAUAUCAUCCAAGGCAAUGAGGAAUUGCUGAUGUCUAGAUUGAGUGGUGACACGGACUUGCCCUUUGAUUCUCCCUGUUUGGUGAGCUUCGACGUGAACAAUUGUGUCCCUGCCACCAAAUUCAACCCGCUCGAUCAGUUUGACCGAAUUGGCAAAAAGAAGCUGGAUCAGGGUACAUUGGUUGAGUGGACGUGGGAGUGGGCAAAGCUGCUUCAGUCAUAUCGGAACAUGUGUCAGGUCACCCUCAAAUCUCUGCUAGCCAACAGGUGGGAGAUGCAGGAUGGCGCAGAGCUGGAAGACGAUGAGAAAAUGAUGGCAGAAGAACUCCAAAGAGCCUAUUUUGUUUGCCACUGCGACGCGGGACUGCAGGAGUCUCGUGAAGCAGAUGAAACGACGGCUGAGCGGACCCAAGGGGGGCAGCAAGCAUCCGAUAAAACUGCUGCCCAAUAACAGUCCGAGCAGUUGGAAUUUUUAUCAUGUUGUAAAUGUUUAGUUGUAAUACGCACUUGCGGCUCUCAAGGUAUUAGAGUGUGUGUGUGUGUGUCUGACUCUUGUGUGCACUGUAUAAUGCAAGUGUCUACAGUAUGCAUGUGCAUUGUGUGACAACAAAAAGAGUGUGCUUCAGACAAACUGUGUAUCUUUUUCUCCACACUGCUUCGGUUACAUUUCAUCUUUUUGGAGCACAUCUCCAGACAUCAGUUCUGGGAAAGAGAGAAGGCACAUUUGUUUGCCUGGGACAAGAUGGGACUGUGUGAUCAUGGGAGGUUUUUAUUUUUCCAGACAGUGUUUGUAAAGAUGUUGGUGUCAGCAUACUUUUUUUUUCUCGAGCUUUGUGAAUAAAAUAAAAUAAACUUCAAAUUAGGGUUGGGAAGAGAGAUGAUGUUUGUUUUUGAUUGCAGCCUGUUCGAAAA